AGGAAAUUUCAUAUAAGACCAAAAAAUAAUAUUGAUCUCGUUUACCGAGACUUCAUCGAGAUCGGAGUUGUGACGUCAGAGAAAAAGGUUUGGGAACAUCGAGACUGGACUGGUUCAUCAAUUCCAGCAGAAAAAAAUGACCAGUGAUUUAGACAGACAAAUUGAACAGUUGAGAAGAUGUGAAGUGAUAAAAGAGAGUGAGGUAAAGGCAUUAUGUGCCAGAGCUCGGGAAAUUCUGGUGGAGGAGAGCAAUGUACAAAGAGUCGACUCGCCAGUAACGGUAUGCGGGGACAUUCACGGCCAGUUUUAUGAUCUUAAGGAGCUUUUUAAAGUUGGAGGUGAUGUUCCAAACACAAAUUAUUUAUUUAUGGGAGACUUUGUGGAUCGGGGCUUUUACAGUGUAGAAACAUUUCUGUUGUUAUUAGCCCUUAAGGUACGAUAUCCAGACAGAAUCACAUUAAUCCGAGGGAACCAUGAGAGCAGGCAGAUUACCCAGGUGUAUGGAUUUUAUGAUGAGUGUCUGAGGAAGUAUGGCUCCAUCACUGUCUGGAGAUACUGCACAGAAAUAUUCGACUAUCUCAGCCUCUCAGCAAUUAUAGAUGGAAAGAUAUUUUGUGUUCAUGGUGGAUUAUCUCCCUCUAUACAGACACUCGAUCAAAUUCGUGCAAUAGACAGGAAACAGGAAGUGCCACAUGACGGUCCAAUGUGUGACCUACUCUGGUCUGAUCCGGAAGAUAUGCAGGGUUGGGGAGUGAGUCCUAGAGGAGCAGGGUACCUCUUUGGACAUGAUGUGGUGGCACAGUUUAAUGCAGCCAACAGUAUAGAUCUUAUAUGUCGAGCUCAUCAGUUAGUCAUGGAGGGAUACAAGUGGCACUUCAGUGAGACAGUAUUAACUGUGUGGUCAGCUCCUAACUAUUGUUACAGAUGUGGAAAUGUUGCAGCAAUUCUGGAAUUAGAUGAACACUUGGAUAGGGAUUUCACAAUUUUUGAAGCAGCACCUCAGGAGUCAAGAGGUAUUCCAUCAAAAAAGCCUCAACCAGACUACUUCUUAUAGAACAGAAAAGUCCUGUAGAAAAGAAAAUCGCAAAACUUACAAGUGAAAGUGGAACAAAGACAUGUGACACUUGUCAGUGCCAUGUUUGUGUAUUUUAUGUGGUCAGAAGUUUGUAAUGAUCAGUGGUUCCAGUCUGUGAUGUUGUUAUUUAUAGACAGAAGCAAUGGUUUUAAUUUGUCUUUUAUCUUCACAUGAUCCCCCAUCACUUCAUUCAUGUAUGUAUAUUCCAUGGUCCAUUAUUUUGUCAUCAUGCCUUUUGAUUGAUGUGAGCUGUUGAUGCUUCCAGAGAAACUCCUUUAUAUCAUGGCAUACAGUUUUAGAAAUAUGUGUGUGCAUGAUGAAAGCAAAGGUAGUAUGUGUGCUGACUGCUGAAUUGAUCUGAAAUUUUCACUCAUAAAAUGAUGUUGUGUUUACUUGUAAUUGUUCUGUAUUCAGUGAAUGAAAUAUGAAAUAUUGAUUAAAAAAGUUCAUUUUUAUUAUCAAAUACAUUGUAGUAGACUUCAUUGGAUCUUUCUUGAAGUGUGUUGUAGGUUUGAAGUUUAUCACAUAUUUCUGAAUGAAUUAUUCCACCACUGGAAGCAACAAAGAUAUCUUGACUUAAUGUAAAUAAUUCCAUUUUAAAAAAGUAUCACAAAAUUUUAUUGCUGCAAUUUUUAUAAACAUUUGUUAUUUUGUAAGCAUUACUGAUUAAAAAUUUGAAAUAUA